AUGGUAAAACUCACUGACGAUGCCGACUAUGAUGACAGCGAAACGUCUGGGAAUUUCCGUCACAGCCCAUCCUAUCUAUGGAGGCUUGCGCGUGCAGCCUUUCUGGCAGGUCGUGAUGCGGUCGACACCCCUGAGCCUGCCUCAUUAGACACUGGCCAGCCAUGCGCAAGUUUAGGUUCUUUAACAUCUUCAUCGUCAUCCAUUUCCUCAGCCAGGGCUUCUUUCUCCCUUGACCCUAACCUUUCCUUCUCUGAUGGCCUAAUCCGUAUUACUAGUCGACUUGAUUUCAUUCAUAUCGGAUUGGCUGUCGGUCGCCGGGCCUUAAGGCUAGUCACAUCGGCUGCUUCUACUGAUAAUCAGGCUUCUAAUGAGCCUCUGGAAGCAUCUUUAAUUGGGCAAUAUGAAGUGGCCCAAACCUAUCUCUGGCUCGCUGUGCUGGUCGGACUGGCUGCCACACGUGGGGGGUUGCAGAAACGAAUUGAGUAUGGACAUGAAUUUAAAACUUUGAUCGACAAAGCAGUUACACUUGAUCCUACUAAUGCCUGGGCAUACCAUCUCAAGGGUAGAUGGUGUUAUAAAGUAAGUUGCUUUUAA